UGCUUGAGAGGAGGCGACCGCCCACCGCCCUCCUUGAUCGGAAUGCCUCAACUCAUCAACACUCAACAGUCAUCAAAAUCGGAUUCAGACGCAGAGAAGCCGACAACCAGAAAGUUUUGACCAGCCCUGACCAGGAAACAUCCUCCCAAACUAUGAAACUCCUCCUAUCUCCAAUCCGCUUGCGAACUACGAAGCCGAAAGUAGGUUGCACACAUCCUGAUUUCGUUCCCAACGAGGUUAUCAAGAUCAUCGAGACUGUCUCCCCCAUGGAACCCGCUCUUGAAAAGGUAUCUCAUUUCCUAUCAUCUCAUAUGGUGACCUCUGCUCUUCGGAAGCUACAAAAACCUGAGUUGAAUUUUCGAUUUUUCAUUUGGACAACAAAUAGGAAACGUUUCCGCAGCUUGGAUUCGCUUAAUUUUAUCACCGAUAUGAUCGCAAAUGAUGGAAAUUUCGAUCUAUACUGGAAGACGCUCGAGGAAGUAAAGAGUUCUGCAAUGCCAAUCUACCCGGAUGCUUUCAACGUUCUGAUCUCUGCCUAUUGGAAGCUAAAUAAGGCUGAAUUGGCCAUUGAGUGCUUCGAUAGAAUGAAAGAUUUCGAUUGCAAAGCUAAUUCUUUUACAUAUAAUUCCAUCCUUCACGGUAUGGUUCAGAAAGGUGUAAUUAUAUUAGCUUUAGCCGUCUAUAAUACGAUGUUGAAGUCAAAUUGUUCGCCAAACAGCUUUACAUUUAACAUUUUGAUCGAUGGAUUGUGUAAGAGUGGGAAUACACGGGAUGCACUUGCGCUGUUUGAUGAAAUGUGUACGAGAGGGAUACUGCCAAGUAGAAUGACUUAUACUGUUAUUGUUUCUGGACUGUGUCAGGCGAAGCAAAUAGAGGAUGCAUGUAGGCUGUUUAACUUGAUGAAGACUAGAGGGUAUACUCCGGAUUAUGUAUCUUACAAUGUCUUGCUCAAUGGGUUCUGUAAAUCGGGUAGGAUUGACGAAGCACUUGCAUUAUUCGAGUCCUUUAAAAGUGAAGGCUAUGGUGUAGGGCUGGAGGGAUACAGUUGUCUAAUUGAUGGUUUGGUUAGGGCUAAGAGGUUUGACGCAGCUAAUUGUUUAUAUAAAAAGCUCUUAGAGAUUAAUAUUACACCUGAUGUUGUUUUAUGCACAAUUCUCAUUAAGGGGUUAUCUCAAGAAGGUAAAGUGAAGGAUGCACUGGAUAUACUGAGAGAAAUGACAGGGAGAGGUGUUAUACCAGACACUCAGUGUUACAAUACGCUGAUCAAGGGGUUUUGUGAUAUGGGUCUCCUUGAUGAAGCAAGAUCUCUUCAGCUUGAACUUUCACAGAACGGUUGCUUUCCGGACACUUACACCACAACUUCCCUUAUUUGUGGUAUGUGCAAGAAAGGUAUGGUGAGGGAAGCAAUGAAUAUCUUCAGUGAAAUGGAGAAACUAGGUUGCUCUCCUUCUGUUGAGAAUUUCAAUGCCCUUAUAGACGGACUUUGUAAAUCUGGUGAGAUUGAUGAAGCCCGGCUCAUGUUUUACAAAAUGGAGAUUGGGAAGAAACCGUCAUUGUUUCUUCGGCUUUCUCAAGGCGUCGACCCAGUUCAUGACACGGCGAGUCUCCAAACAAGGGUUAAUAAGUUAUGUGAGUCGGGGUCAAUUCUCAAGGCUUACAAGCUUCUUAUACAGCUCGCAGACAGUGGAGCUGCCCCUAACACCGUUACAUACAACAUUCUGAUAAACACAAUGUGCAAAAUGGGAAAAAUAGACAGUGCAUUGAAACUCUUUGAGGAACUUCAAAUCAAGGGGCAUUCCCCCGAUUCAGUCACUUACGGGACCCUCAUUGAUGGAUUACAAAGAGUAGGGAGGGAAGAAGAUGCUUUUAAGCUAUUUGACCAUAUCAGCAAGAACGUACAUUCACCAAGCGUAUACAAAUCCAUGAUGACGUGGUCUUGCCGUAGGCGGAAGAUCACUUUAGCUUCUACUCUUUGGCUGAGUUUUUUGAGGAGUCAAGCCACGAGGGAUGAAGAGGAUAUCCAAUUGGUUGAGAAAUAUUUGGAGGAAGGGGAGCAUGUGAAAGCGGUCCAGAGGUUGCUGGAAAUUGAAACCAAGUUGGCAGACUUUGAUUCAGCCCCAUAUAAUAUUUGGUUGAUCGGGCUUUGUCAGAUAGGUACUCCAGAAGAGGCAGUGAAGGUUUUCUAUAUCAUUCAGAAGUUUGGACUGAAUGUGUCUGCUCCGAGUUGUGUGAUGUUGAUUAGCAGUCUUGUUGAUAUUGGAAGUUUGGACCAGGCUGUGGAGGUUUUCCAUUAUACUUUGGAGAAAGGUAUACGUUUGAUGCCACGUGUCUGUAAUAAGCUGCUCCAAUCCCUUCUUUGUUCUAAAGACAGGACUGAGCUUGCCUAUGUGGUGUUAAAUGGUAUGAAUUUGACGGGUUGUGACUUGAGUGUCUAUCUUCAUGCCCACACAAGGUCUCUUUUACGGCAUUGGAACAUAAGGGAAUCAGAAAACACAACACCCGGAUAAGGUUGUUCAGGUCUAGUUUGUUACUUUCACGGUUGUAAACAUUUGCUUCUUUCCCACAUCGUCCUCACUUACCCCAGUUUUCAUUGAGAGAGGUUUGCUUAUAUUUGUGCAAUCUACUGAGAGUUACAUUGGAGAAACUGUGUUAAUAUGUAUGUUUGCGGAUAGUUGGCACCGUCGAAGGUUUUGACAUGGGAUGUUCUUCACUACCAAGCAAGCAAACAAACAAACAACACACAGAAAGGUAAUUUUUACCUUUUUUGUUUAUUUAUCAUGUAUUCAGGGUUGAUUUAAACUCUAGCCUCUUUGAUUUAUUUAAUGUAUCAAAAAUUCUUUUAUGUAUAUUACGUAGGGGCUAAAGGGUAAUACUACAUGAGAGUUGUUACACACAUGUGGUUUCCCUCACGGGUAGUUUCCAUAUUGAUUAAGAUCUCAAUCUUUGGAGGAUAAGGCAAAUGCAUUAAUUACCAAAAAUAGUGAAAAUAAUAUAUGAAAAUUGCAAUGCUUUGAUUACUAGAAGGGUUUUGACCUUAAUCUAAUACAUAAGAGCAAAACUAUUUUUUCCCGCUCAAGUGUGAAACCACAUCAACUGCACGAUCUAAAAAAGAUCCACGGCUCUCAGAUAAAACCUUUCACCAUUUCAUUGCCUUUCUCCAUCACCUUCUCACUCACCACAGACCAUCAGCCGUUCACUCCAUUUCUCUGGAACGAAGAGAGCGCAACUGGCAGACUCAUCCAUAUUCUCUAUAGUCUUCAUCAUCUUUGCUCAACAACAACUCUUCUUCUUCGCUAUUCGAAAUCCGGCCGACUUGAAAAGGUUGGAAGCCAUUAUUCUUCUAAUUUGCUUAUCGGAUUCAGGUAUGAUUCUAUACUAGAUUCAUGACAAUCUUAUCCAUUCUUUUUCUUUUUGCUCAGCAGUCAGCACUGCAUUAAGAAUUGUCAUUAAUAUCUCAGAGCUGGUUCAAUUCAGUUAUCAUUAGUUCGGCUUCGUCUUGGGAAUUCGUUGUGUCCUCCAUCGCGGAAACCACCUGCUUCUUCAAGAAUGAGGGCCUCAGAGACGGCUACGUUUCAAGGUAUGUGGUUGCCUAUAUUUGAAAUCAUUUUUUACUCAAAGAUAGACUAAGUUUGGGUUUCUUCAAAAAAGAAAUCAUCCAUUCUUUGGCUUCACACAUGAGGAGUAACUUAUUAAAUUAGUUUAAACCUGAUUAUAAGUAGAAUUUAGUAGACUGAUAAAUUGUACUCAUCUAAAGUUGAGAGUCAAGAAUCAGGAUUAGCACAAAGACUAAGAGUCACAAAUCCUCAUUUCUUGCCUGAAAUUAUUAACAGAACGAUUGCCACCUUUUCAAUGAUCAACAGAGCUGCUGUUUUAUAAUUUUGGAUUGAAUGGUAGUGAGUUUCUUGAUAGUGCUUUUUUAUCUCUUUAUAGUAAAUUCUUAUCUAGAAUCUAGAUAAUGAGAUGUCAAUACCUUUUUCAUUAUUGAUUGUGGCUAAUAAAUAUGAACAUGAAUUUUGAAUUGGAAGUAAAAAAGUAAAAAAUGAUUAUGGCAUAUGGGUUCCAUUAGCUCUUUGAUUGCAGGUCCUUUAGUUUCUUUCAUAUGCUGAUAUUAGUCAUGUGAGUGGAGAAUUUGAAGGGUAAGGGUCAAGGACUAUAACUUUGUAGUUAUUCAACUUGAAUUUUAAACUGGAGGUAAAAAAAUCUACAAAACAUCUCAUUCUGAUUGCAAACUGCGUAUACUAUCGCAUUGUGAUACUUUUCAUUCAUAAAACAAUUAUAUGGCCAUCGUACAUGUGAUGUUAAUCAAGAAGGAAACAUUCUAAUGGUUGAUUCAGUUUUUUUCCUUCCAACUUAAAAGAUUCAGAUAAAACUCUCAUCUUAAUGUAUCUGAUUGGAAUGUUUACUAAAUUUUAAGGUUCUAAUUGUGGUGGUGUUUGCUGACCUGGUGUGUCGAUUGUAUUCUAAUAUCCAUGGAGGAAGUGAGUGAUAGCUGUUGAACAGUUAGAUCUGAGUUUAGAGCUGAGAGGGCAGUGAGUGUCGAUGCCAUAAGUGAUAGGUGAUCUAUUUUAAGUUAAUCAAAGCAAAGUCACCCCAAAAAUUUUGCAUUGUUUUGAUUCGUAUGUAUUUACUUUUGUAUAUAGGUGUUUUUUUGGCUGUAUUGAUUUAAUCAACAUGGUUUUGGAAAUCAUAUGAAGGCAUGAAAUCUUUGAGACUUGAUAGUCAACUAUUGAUGUUGACAGAAGCUUGGUUUAAAAAAGCGCGCCUGAGGCGCGCAAAGGCGCGAGGCGCCCUAAGGCCAUCACUUUAUCGCAUCUUCCACCCCCAGGCGGCAUAGGUUCCACAGAAGCAUAAAAUUUUGGGAUUUUCCUAUUUUUUGAGAUUUUUUUUUGCUUUUCAGUUAGGAUUUAAAACUUGUGACAAUCUUUCUCAUAAGAGAAUGAGAUGAUGAAUGAACUGGACAUAGUAGUACAAAUGCUAACUAUUAUUUUAAUAGAGCUUAUUGUAAAAUAGUCUUAAGAACCACUACGAUUAGUGUUUUGAAUAGUGUAAUACCAUAGCCAAAUAUUUAAUGGCAUUUCAUGCAGAUAUGCUUAUGAGACAUUUGACUUCCAAAGUAUGUUAUAUAAAUAUAUAAUCUGAUUUUUUAUACAAUGGGCAAUGGUAAAGGUUCUCUCUAUGCAGUUUGGUUGUCUAAUAAGGAACAAUUCAGCGGUCUAAUAAGAAGGAAUGGAGUAGAUAGAAAAUAAACUAACUAAUAAUAAUGAAUAAUGAUUACAACUUUUGGGUCUAAUCAAGACUUGUGACAUUCUUUUUUAUUAGAAGAUGAAGUGAUGAUCAAAAUGUACUUUGAGUAUUAAAAAGGUCUGCAGUUUGGAUCGUGAAUUUGUCAUAGUUAGUCACAAAUGUUUGUUCAAACUCUCACAUUUUUUACUUCUUAAUCUCUUAUAUAUAUUUAAUUGGUAAAACUCAAUCAUGCUCCUCUUUAUAUUCUCCUUUACACUUUUAACAUUGAGACUUUAUCACGCUAUUUAUUAUUAAAGUAUUUAAAAUAGAUGACUUUACAGAAUCUGAAAUUUCCUCUUUAUCUAUUUUACCUGUGCAGUUCAAAUUUCUUUGCUAUUAUUAUAGCCAUUUUGCACUGAUGCUAGGAGGAGGAUCCUUCACAAAAUGGUUCUUUUAUUAGUACUCCAUCUGUUCAGAAUAAGGAAUGAAUUUUAUUCUUUUUUCUGUUUCAAUUGCUACUUUGUUUGCAUCCACGCCAGAAGAUUUUUUCCUCAUGGAUCGUGAUUGAGAAGCUAAGGAUAUAACGCAAUGUGGAAAUGUUGGAUCUCACUAGCUAGCCUCAUAGGAGUAUGCUUUGCUUAGCACUUGAAAGAGUUUUUACUUUUCCAGACAAAUUUGAUUCACUGUUUUAGAAUUUUCGAACUUUAAUUUUCAAUUUCAAGUAUGCAUUAAUGCUUCAGAUUAAUACAAUGAAAAUGUAGCCUCUGACCUCUGUGAGCUACAUCUUCUUCUCCCUCAUGUACCAAAAAAGAUGUUUUUUAUUUGCCUUGAAGGCUUAAAGUGACUGAAUCAUUCUGCUAUUCAUAUAUGAAAUGAUGAUUCAAUUUUGUGUAUUAAUUUCUCUUGAGGAAUGACUCUAUAAAAUUAAAGCAUUAUAGCUGUCUUUCCA